AUGGAGGUUGCCAUCCAGUUGCAUGAACAGGGCAACCCCGGAGUCCAGCAUCACCGACUCCCUCCCGACCACCAUCGCCCACCUGCGCACCAACCUCGGGCCCUUCUUCCCCCCCGGGGCCUCCCACUCUUCCUUUUCCACCUCUACGCAAAAGACGUCCUCCUCCCUUCUCUCCUCCCAACAACCAACAACAGCCUGAGCUCGAUUCUCUCCGCAGCCCUCCUCGCACCACUCCAGCUCCUCUGGAUCCACACAAUCACCACCAAACCCAUAGCAGCCAACGCCAAUUCCCUCAGACAACGCCUCCCCAGCCUAACAACAUGCGUCCGCUUCGCCCCCCGCCCCCUCGCCGUCCUCGAAGCCGUCGCAAGCUGGCUCGUCGCCCGGUACGCGACCAACAUCCCAAUCAUCCUCGCGGAGCAAACCGCGCUGGCCUUCACGGUCCGCGCAACCGCCGAAGCCCUGACGAGUCCAGACCCAGCCGAGGCCAUCGCCGUGAAGCGCGGGAUUGCCCUGCACGCUGUCUCCGUCGUCCCGGCCUUUCUGACUUGCAUGGCGACGCUCCCCGCGAGACUUGUUCUCGUCCGCAUGGCCGUCGCCGCCGGUGGCGAGUGGACGGAGGAUAGCACACUGGCGCCGUUGCGUGCGAUUGUGCCUAUUGACCCGCGGCUCCGGGGACAUCAUCCAUGCGGUCUGCUUGAUGCUUGGAGGGCUCUGCCGCGGGAGACGUGGGCGCGCGCUUGCAGGAUCCAAGCGGGCGCGUUUCUCCUGUCCACGGGCAUUUUCUUCGUUGGCUUGUGGGUUUAUCGCGACUUUCAUGAGGAUGCAUCGCUUUCGAUGAUGUGGUUCUAUCCCUAG